AUGGUCAUUUUCCAGUUAACAACAACAACUAAUCCCAUGGAAGAUAAUUCAAUAUUUAAAUCUUAUAAUAAAAACAUUUCUUCUAAUUCUUUUUUGAGUAAUAGUGGAGAUGGAGAUACCAAUUAUAUUGUUAAUAGACGUUCAAUAGAAAGCACUACAAUAAAUACACAUAAACCACCUCUUAUACCUACCAUAAUACAUCCUCUUUGUCUACCAACAUCAACUUCUUCACCUAAAAAAAAUAACAGUAACUCGAUUUCAAAUUCUAGAGAACAACAUUUAUUAUUAACAACAUUAAGAAGUUCGAGUGAUCCCUUUGUAUCUAGUAAAUUAUUAGAAACUAAUAAA